AUGACUGUCAUUACCGAAAAGACCUUACCAAUAGGCUACAAUUGGCGUUCCUCCAAGUGGUUCAUUCUCUCUACCAUCGCAAUCGCGUUGUUUGCUGAAACAUUCCUUUAUGGCUUCCUAGUUCCCAUCCUCGGAGAAAUGCUUCGGGACCGCCUCCAUGUCCCGCCAUCUCAAGCUCAGGAGUUAACCUCUGCCGCUCUUGCCCUACAUGGUACUCUCGCCAUGGUCUCCGGCCCUAUAAUCGGUCAUUUCGCCGACAAGAAUACAGGCCGCAAGACCGCACUACUAUUAUCUCUCGGAUGGUGCAUUGUCGGCACGUGCAUGGUUGCCGGCGCUCAUUCAGUCCCUAUACUACUGCUCGGCCGCGUGUUGCAAGGCAUCGCAGGGUCUGCUGUGUGGAUUGUCGGCUUCGCAACAGUCGCAGACACUGUCAGUCCGAGCCGCAUAGGUUUCGCAAUGAGCUUAAUGAUGUCCUGCGCAAACACCGGAGUAAUCAGCGGGCCCGCGAUUGCCGGGCUGCUGAUAGAGGCCACCGGGUACUGGAUAACAUGGUCGAUCCCGCUCGUGGUCCUGACGAUCGAUUUUAUCGCACGCGUGUGUAUGAUCGAGAGUCCGUCUAGUCCUCCCUCUAUGCCAACCGAGACUGCGAGUCUGCUUUCCUCUUGCGAAGAGCAGCAAAUUCCAUCCCGAAACGAUAGUUUCUGGCGGACAAUGCUAUGCAACGGCCGUGUUGGGACCUGUCUGCUGAUUAUAAUCUCGGGUACAACCGUGAGCACGAGUUUCCACGCGACGCUUCCCCUCCACGUUGAAGAGACAUUCGGAUGGGGUCCUCGUGCCGUCGGAUUCCUUUUUGCCGGCCUUGUUAUUCCGGGUGUCGUGAUCGGUCCCAUUGCUGGCUGGGUCCGUGAUAAAGUCGGAACACGACGACCUACCAUGGUCUGUGCCGUUCUUGAGGCAAUAGUACUUGGCCUAAUGGGUAUUGCUGGCGAUAUUCCUUGGGCGGGUGCUCGAAAUAUGGGUAAACCGCUUUACGUCGCCUGUAUCGUUGCUAUAGGCAUUUUGCGGCCGUUUGUGUCUGGCAUCGCGCCGGUCGAACUGACGGCCACUGCCAAAGCUAUCCAGGAACAGUCCCCAGGGACAUUUGGACCUAAAGGAGGCAUGUCGCGCGUAUUCUCUAUGAUGGAUGUUGCUGAUUCCCUCGGGAUGAUGAUUGGUCCAAUCAUAGGCGGUUCGCUGAAGGAAAUGGUCGGCUAUAAAUGCAUGAGCUGGACUUGGAGUCUCUUAUAUCUCCUCCUCGCUGCUCUUGCCAUGGUCUUCUUAGGAUCAGAAGAUGCUGAGGAAGAAUAG